AUGAUCAAAUGUGAGCUUGGCUUUAUUCUUAUUAAUUCCUCGAAAAGAGCAUUAACAUUUGAGUUCAAAAACCACACGAAAGCACAAAAUAUCAAUACAUUAAUUCAGGCGCACAUCGGUGAAUUCGAUCGUCCUGGAAUUCGUGGAAAAGUUUUGCGCAACAUUGCUGUCACUGAAGCUCAAUCAGUUUAUGUUUGUUUAAUUGCCAAUUUUGUAUCAUUUUUGAUUGUUUUGAUACGAUUGGAUGACACUUUUGAUAUACCGACAAAUGAAACUAGUAUACAUGAAACAACUCCACAUAUUUACCUUCAUAAUUUUCUAUUUCUCGGAUCUUCUUCAAUUAUUGCUGUUGCCAUUAAUUGUGGAAUUUCUACUAUAAGUAAGUUUGAAACAAGUCUCAAAAAUCAACCAAUUAAUUUUAAGUGCUCGCAUUGGUUGUGAACUACACAUGGAAAAAUAAUCUAAAUCCGGAUAACAUUGUGACGCCACUUGGAGCAAGUAUUGGAGAUUUGUUGACAAUAUCUGGAGUUGUUGUAAUUUGCUAUCUUUUGCGGCCACUUUGUGAAUUCAGUGAUUGGUUUCCGGUUGUAUUAUUAACAAUAUCUGUGUUAUUUAUACCAGUAUGGUUGAUUCUAGCUAGUAAGUUAGAGAUAACAUGUUCAAGUAUUAUUCUACGAUCAAAAUUUCAGAAAAAGAUAAAUUGGCAAUGAAAACAGCAAAACAACAAUGUGCCACACUUAUACUUUCAACAUCAAUUUCUUGUUUGGCUGGACUUAUUCAAAGUAAAGGUGCUGUUGUUUACCCAAAUUAUCCAGCAUAUCAAACUCUUAUAUCUGGAUUGACUGGAAAUCGUUGUGCAGUUCAAGCUUCACGAAUUUCAUCACAUUUGGAAGUCAGAAAAGAAUCGGAAUUAUCAUGGAACGAAAGAUUGUCCCCAUAUAGCUAUUAUACAUCUCAAGCAAAUGAAUGUAAAACAGCAAGAUUAUUGUUGUUCACAAGUUUACCGUUUCAAUUAUUUUUUAUGACACUUUCAUAUACAAUUUCAUUUAUGAUUGGAACACCAGUCGAAGAUUCACCAUGGUUCUUUUUGGGAUAUUCAAUUGCUGUACUUAUUCAAGUUGCAAUUAUUAUGUUUAUCACUCAAUUGAUUGUUUUUGGUCUUUGGUAUUUCGGAUUGGAUCCAGAUAUUCACGCAAUUCCAAUGAUGACUGCUGCGGCUGAUGUUUGUGGAUGUGGUUUCUUAUAUCUUUUAUUUAUUAUUCUGGAUUCUACCUGUGGAUGUGUUUUUGUAGUUAAAUAA